AAAGGUGCAGAUGAUAUUGUUCUGGAGCGGGAGGACUCUGCUUCCCAACCUGGAGAAAUGACAAGUUGGGAUAUAAAUGACAUCAAACUUCCCCAGGAUGUACAACAAACAGAUUGGUUUCAAGAAUGGCCAGAUUCCUACGUAAAACAUAUCUACAGCUCAGACGAUAAAAAUGCUCAGAGGCACCACAGUAGCUGGGCAAUGAGAAACACCAACAACCACAACUCUCGCAUCUUAAAAAAGUCCUGCCUUGGAGUGGUGGUCUGUGGAAAUGACUGCUCGACCUGGGAUGGGAGGAAGAUCUACCUAAGACCAGCCAUUUGUGACAAAGCCAGGCAAAAACAACAGCGAAAAUGCUGCCCAAACUGCAAUGGACCCCUGCGGCUCCUUUCCUGCCGAGGCCAUGGUGGUUACCCAGUUACCAACUUCUGGAGGCAUGAAGGCCAAUUCAUAUUUUUUCAGUCCAAAGGAGCUCAUGACCAUCCACGUCCAGAAACAAAACUAGAAGCAGAAGCAAGAAGAUCAAUCCAAAAAGCACAGACAGCUUUUUCUUCAUCUUCUCCAGGAUUAAAAAGAAUUCGCAAGAUUGAGUCUCUGACAGGUGCAACGCGAACGCAGGAGGCUUUGCCUUUCCUCCUUUCCAAACCGGACACUCACAUCCUACCUGCUAAUUUUGGGGGACAUUUCAGGAGAAGCUGCCGGGAGCCGGCGCUGGGCAGCUGCUCUGGGCAGCCGCCAUCCCCCGGGGCGGCUGGGGAGGCCGCGGUCCCCGGAGAAGCGCUGACCUGGAGCAGGAGCCCGGCCCUGGGCAGGGCCCCCGGCACCCGCAGGCCUUGCAGCGGCCCCGCCGCGCCCCAGCCUGGCCCCCAGCACGCCCUGCCUGUGGCCGGGGGUGCCCGUCACCCCUUCGUGCCCAGCGCUGGCCCCGCCGGGGACCAGCCCUGCGCGGGGGCAGCUGCAGGGCCGGCUCCUGGCACCGCCCGGGGCGAGGCGGGGGCCCGCGUGGGGCUCGACUUCUGCAACGACAACAUGUUUCUUGACCUGUACCUGUUGCGGUGACCGGGUUUAAGUGUCCUCCCUCUGCCCUGCGUCCAUUUGUGAAAGUGCUCCCGCGGCAGUUUCCACUUCAGCUCCUCAUGCAGGCCUCAGGAGGGGCUUCAUACGUGAAGACUUGUCUCUUUUAUUGCUUGUUUUAGCUGUUCCAUUUCCUCCGCUGUUUCAUUGAUCCAAUAAAGGGCAUCAGCUCUUCUUA